UGGCCGGUGCAAUAGACAUGUUUACAAGCAUGGAAAAUGCUGUUGCAUUAAAUCUUAAUUCCUUUCGUCAUCCUACCACCGUUGACUUUGUUCUGGGUCUUCGAGGUUCUCGCUUUAUAUCGGAAGGAAUGCUGCUUGAAGAAUCCCCAUCGAGGCUCUCGCUUUAGAUCGUAAGGAAGCCCGCCUGAACAAUUCCAAUUCCCAAACUGUCAUCUUCUAUCCAUCUCCGAUACAAAAUGUGGAGAUUCGAAUCGCUCCUCUCGAUGUAGUGUACCUAAGAAAAAAAAGGGUCUCUUUUUUGGUUGAUUCCUAGUCCCAAAAGAUGCAAAAAGGAGGUACCUUUGACUGUGACUAGCGGUGUGGUGAUGGCGAGCAGGCAAGUCAGGGGUAUGGGCGGCUUCGAGAGCUUCAGCUCGACGAGGAGCAGCGGGGUAACAGAGAUUGAGGAGGAGGCGGUGCCGCCGGCGCCGCCCGCUGAGGAGAAGCUCUACGUCGCGGUGGCGGCGGAAUUGAAGGCCGGGAAGGCCACUUUGUUCUGGGCGAUUCAAAACUCUAACAGGGGCCGGACCAUUGUUCUCGCCCACGUUCAUGUCCCAGCGAAGACGAUUCCCAUGAUGGGAGGCAAGUUUCCUGAAAGCUGCUUGACGACAACACAAGUCAAUGCUUACAGGAUGUUGGAAAGAGAUAAAAUGAACAAGAGUUUGAAUGCAUACAUCAAUUUAUGUUCAGAAAUGAAGGUAAAAGUGGAAAAGGUGGUGAUUGAGAUGGAUGAUAUUGCAAAUGGUCUUGUCGAGCUGAUUGAACUACAUUGUAUCACCAAACUUGUGAUGGGAGCUGCAGCCGAUAAGCAUUAUUCUAGGAAAAUGAAAGACGUUAAGUCCAAGACCGCAAUCAAUGUAAAGCAACUAGCUAAUCCAUUGUGCAAAAUAUACUUCAUUUGCAAGGGACACCUGAUCUACACCAGGGAGUCUACUUCGCAUGCAUCUUGGAUGGCUCGAUCACCUAUGGAUAGCCAAAGCUCGAUGGGCAGGUCAAGUGAACAGUCGAGGGUGCCAAGUUUAUCCCCAAGACAGUCCUCCAUGGCCAGCUCAAAUGAGCAAUCAAGGGCACCAAAUGUAUUCAUGAGACAAACUGAAUCUUUAAGUUCCUACAUAAGUACUACCGAAGAUUUUUCCAGACAAACAUCUUCUAGUUCUUUUGGAGAUAGAAAUGUAGUGGAGUUGCCACCCGCAUUGCUUGUUAGAACUCCACAUAGUAGAAGUAUUGGAGGUUCUUCGGUCGAUCCAUGGGAAGGAAUUACGAGGAGUUCUUACACUUCUGGUCGAUCAUCUCUUAAUUAUGAAGAAAUCAUUAAUGCGACACCAUCAGUGGCCAAUUACGAUGAGAGUGAAGCUGGAUCUGUGAUCUUGCCUUCCCUUAAUGAUAAGGAACUUCCCUUUUCACCUCCAAAUCAAGAUCUGGAACAUGAUGUUUCCGAUGAAGAGGUCUAUAAGAAGCUCCAAGAAGCCCUAAAAGAAGCUGAGAACUUAAAAAAUGAGGCAUACGAAGAGUAUUGCAAGCGUCAAAAGGCAGAAAUGAAUGCAGUUUUGGCUCUCCAAAAGGUUAAAGCAUCAGAGAGUAAGUAUGCCAAGGAGGCAAGAUUAAGGAAAGAAAUUGAGGAAACACUUGCAGUUGAAAAAUUGCAAUUAGAAAAACUAAAAGGGCAGCAUUCUGAAAUAUCUGAACGACUCAAGAAGGCAGUCGAGGAGAAAGUGAAGUUGGAACUCCAGAUUACUGAAUCUGAAAAUGCUGCUAUAGAUUAUGAAAGGAAGCUAUCAGAGGCACACGGACUUCUCCGAUCCCUUCAGUCGGAUUAUGAUGCACUGCAGCAGGAACAUGACAAGGCAGUUAGAGAGGUUGAAGAGUUACUUCAGAAGAGAGAUCAGACAGCCUGCAUUCUUGGAUCUUUCAAUUCAGAAUUCUCUGCUUUAGAGCUUAAGAAAGCAACUGAAGACUUCAGUAAUGAUUUGAAGAUUGGGGAAGGAGGCUUUGGAAGUGUCUACAAAGGUUUUCUGCGAAACACGACUGUGGCUAUAAAGUUGUUGCAUCCACAAAGUAUGCAAGGCAGAUCUGAGUUUCAUCAAGAGGUGGCCAUCUUAAGUAGGGUGAGGCACCCAAACCUUGUUACGCUUAUAGGUGCUUGCUCAGAAACUCUUGCACUCGUGUACGAGUUCCUUCCUAACGGAAGCCUUCAAGAUCGUCUCGCCUGUGCAAAUAAUUCUGAACCUCUCACAUGGCAGGUCCGAACACGGGUCAUUGCGGAGAUAUGCUCUGCUUUGGUCUUCCUUCACUCCAACAAUCCCCAUCCUAUAGUCCAUGGAGACCUUAAGCCUGAUAACAUUCUUCUCGAUGCCAACUAUGUGAGUAAGAUUGGUGAUUUUGGCAUCUCUCGUCUUCUUGACCAAUCCAGUAUGUACGCCACUCUCUACCACAAUACGACUAAUCCCAAAGGAACCUUCGCGUACAUGGACCCUGAAUAUGUUACCACUGGGGAGCUUACACCACAAUCUGACGUCUACUCUUUCGGGAUUAUAAUCCUGCAGCUCUUGACUGGAAAACCUCCUGUAGGCAUUGCCAGAGUUGUAGAGGUAUAUAUGAAUGAUGAAAAACUGCAUGAAAUCAUCGACAAAUCUGCAGGAAACUGGCCAUUUGUGCAAGCAAACCAGUUGGCACAUCUGGGCCUCAGAUGCUGUGCUAUCAGUCGGAAGAACAGACCAGAUCUAGCUGGGCAGGUUUGGAAGACUGUCGAACCAUUGAUGAAGGUUGCUUCAUUAUCUACGACAACACAGUCAAGUAAAUCGUUCAGCGACCGCAUACCUCAUUACUUUAUCUGUCCCAUCUUCCAGGACAUCAUGAGAAAUCCACACAUAGCAACUGAUGGCUUCACUUAUGAAGCUGAAGCUAUGCGGGGAUGGAUCGACAGCGGCCAUGAUACAUCACCCAUGACAAACUUAAAACUUCUAAAUUGCGAGCUUAUCCCAAACCAUGCACUGCGUUCAGCCAUUCAAGAAUGGCUUCAAUCGCAACCACAGCAGUUUUUGUAACUGUUUUAUACAGAACAGAAGAACUCUGUCAGCCCUCCCCAAAAUCGCAGAGAUCUUCAUCUUCAUGAUCCGCCAUGUUAUGUUCUGAUAUCUGGAAUCAGGUACGUGUGUUGUAAAUAUGUUAGUUUCUUAGAAAAAUGAAAAACAUAAGGAAAAUUGCAGUCUCCAAUUGAGAGUUGCAUAAACAAGUUGUUGAUCCU